GGUGACCCUGGUCCCCCAGGGGCUCCAGGGAAGGAUGGACCUGCUGGUCUGAGGGGUUUCCCAGGAGAGAGAGGCCUCCCUGGCACUGCUGGUGGAUCCGGCUUGAAGGGAAAUGAAGGUCCGGCGGGUCCCCCUGGCCCUGCAGGCUCCCCUGGGGAGCGAGGUGCAGCAGGAUCGGGGGGACCCAUUGGCCCCCCAGGGCGCCCAGGCCCACAGGGUCCCCCUGGAGCUGCAGGAGAGAAAGGUGUCCCGGGUGAGAAGGGCCCCAUUGGUCCAACUGGUCGAGAUGGGGUGCAGGGUCCUGUGGGGCUUCCCGGUCCUGCUGGACCCCCUGGUGUGGCAGGAGAGGAUGGAGACAAGGGUGAGGUGGGAGACCCUGGACAGAAGGGCACUAAAGGGAACAAGGGUGAACAUGGCCCUCCUGGACCCCCUGGACCCCUUGGUCCUGUGGGGCAGCCUGGAGCCGCGGGAGCAGAUGGGGAGCCCGGAGCUCGGGGACCCCAGGGACACUUUGGAGCCAAAGGUGAUGAAGGAACGAGAGGAUUCAAUGGGCCCCCGGGACCCAUUGGCCUACAGGGUUUGCCAGGCCCCUCGGGUGAGAAGGGAGAAACAGGAGAUGUGGGCCCUAUGGGACCACCCGGCCCCCCAGGACCUCGAGGCCCAGCUGGACCCAAUGGAGCUGAUGGUCCACAAGGUCCCCCGGGAGGUGUUGGGAACCUAGGUCCCCCUGGAGAGAAGGGGGAGCCGGGAGAGUCAGGCUCUCCAGGGGUCCAGGGUGAGCCCGGUGUCAAGGGCCCACGCGGGGAGCGUGGAGAGAAAGGAGAGUCGGGGCAACCAGGAGAGGCAGGAC